GCACUUGGUACCGUUUUCAGGGUCUCCCCAUUCGCGUGACACGCUUUGUUUCAUUCUCUUCAUCAGUGCGCGGAUAAAUCGCAUCGCAUGUGUACAUCUUGAGGUGCUUGAUAGUGGAAGAUUCCGUGCAAAUCCUGGUCAGAAUGCUCAAAAGAUUGGGAUCAUUUCGCAUGCAAUUCCGCUCAACGGAAGAACCUCCAAGGCGGACUGAUCCAGAUGAUGUGGGAACGGGGACGAAAUUGAAGCCAAAACUCCUCCAUGGGGAAUUGGAAGUUGUACGUGCCAGCAGAGUUGUCCUCCAUCCACCGGUGACGAGUAAGGAUGACGCCACAGCUGGCAAGGAAGGUCUCCUUGUGGUUACAAACUUCAAAAUGUCCUUCAUCACGGAGGAGGAUUCACAAAGUGCUAAUUUCGUGUACCAAGAAAAUAUAUUUCUGGGAAAGAACGACGUAACACUGUCGAAUAUUGACCUAAUCUACCAGGUGGUGGACAAGAAGAAGAAGCUUUUGACGCCACAGCAUAAAGUCAGCUCGAGAAUUGACUAUCUCCUCGUCGUUUGCAAGAAUUUCCGAUUGCUGAAAUUUGGCUUCAAGCACUCGGAGGCCGGAAAGGGGAAACACAUAGCGGAGGCCUUAUUGAGAUUUGCAUUUCCUACCGCGCAUAAUUUACUUUUUUCCUAUUGCUACAAAGAAAAGUAUUACAACAUCAUCAGGAAUGUGAAGAUGUUCAACAAAAAGGAUGAUUGGCUGAAGGAAUUGAAACGAUGUGGUGCUUGUCCAAAAAACUGGCGGGUACUGUACAUUGAUAGUAAUCAACGUAAAUUGCCCGACAGCUCAUUGCCGGUGAGCUAUGUUAUACCCAAAGAGAUGAAAGAUGAGGAAUACCUCCAGGGUGCUGAAACAUUCCGGGGGGCACGAAAUGCAAUUUGGGUGUAUCAAUACGACCGGGCGUCCCUCAUACGGAUGGCAGAAUUGCCCGAUAAGACGGACAAUAAGGUGGAGAAUACGGUGAUUGAGCGCGUACGUGCGUGUCAUCCCACCAAGAGGCAGCCACACAUAAUGGAUCUCACGCGGCCCACACUGCAGGCCAUUGCAGCCAGCUACAAGAAACUCCGGCAACUGUGUACGCCGGAUAAUCCGAAAACCUUCUCGGAGCAAGAUGAUAAGUUCCUCAAGCACCUCGAGGCCACAGCAUGGCUACAUCAUGUCUCCCAAUGCCUUAGCUAUGCCCAAGAUGUGGCGGAGCGCAUGAAGAAUGGGGAAACGGUGAUUCUGCAGGAGAAUGAGGGACGUGACAUGUGCUGUGUCAUCUCCAGUCUCACGCAAAUUAUCCUCGAUUGGGAGGUGCGGACGAUAAGUGGUUUUCAGUCGCUCGUGCAAAAGGAAUGGGUGGCACUGGGGCAUCCCUUCUGCGAUCGACUGGGGCACGUGAGUAGCGCCGUAGCGGAGGAAUGUCCGUUGUUUUUGCUCUUCCUCGACUGCACGUGGCAGCUAUUGCAGCAGUAUCCGCAGGAUUUUGAAUUUACCGAAACAUACUUGACCACCCUGUGGGAUGCCGCCUUUAUGCCCAUCUUCGAUACAUUCCAAUUCAAUUCGGAGCACGAUCGCAUGGUGGCACGCAAUGAGGGUCUCAUCCUGCGCCCCGUGUGGGAUUGGGGUGAACAAUUUGCCGAUAAGGAUAUUGUCUACUUCACAAAUCCGUGCUACCGGAAGCCCCCGGCUGAGCCAUCACGACGUUCCGUAAUGCUUCCGUCCACGGCUGUUGCAUUGCCUAUUAUUGGUGCUCCGGACUAUCAUGCUGUUGGGCCACCAGCAGGUGUGGCGGUGUUGCAGCACCAUCAGCAACAUCAGAAUUUGGCAGCAGCUAGCUCGAGGAUGUCACAGCAAGUUGUGCCAGAGGGUGGUGGUGCUGGGGAACAGCAGCAGAGGGUAAUCCUGAAUCCCCUGAGUUCGGUUAAGUGGAUGGAUAUUUGGGUACAGUGCUACUAUCGGUGGUUGCCAAUUGUUGAAAUUCCCAAUGGGGGUAUGCCACAGGUGGAGCUGUUCCAUCGUGUCAUCCUCAGUCACAUCUGUAAGCUCCAGCAGGCACUGCAGGCGAAUGAAUUUGAUGAUUUGCCACCGCAGUUGAAUGGGGUUGGUCACAAUUUGCCUUCCGUUGAUUCCUUCUUCCCGUUCAGUCGGAAUAAUUCCGAUCCAACUGAACUUGCGGACAUUCUCAUCAAUAGCAAUGAACUCCUCACUGAAGGUUCCAUUUUUGAUGCCAUCUCACAGGCACACAUUGACUAAAUUAAGGACGAAGCUGCACAUUUCACCUUGUCUUUAUAGUUAUUCAACAAAGUUGUAUCCCAGUGACUUCUGUGUCCCAUCCGGGAAAGGGAGAGAAAAUUGAAUUUCUUCUCCUUCUUUUU